AUGCAGAAUUGGGGUAACACGAUCGGUGCGAUCUCGUCCUUCUCCGUCACUCUCGUCAUUGCGACGAUCGACGGGGGUGUCUCUGAAGGGGGCGUGGUUUGGCUUUGCGACCUGAUACGUCCGCAUGCAGAUGAGGUGAUGGUGACACGGCGCCGGGUCCAAAUCCUGUUCCCUCUCCAUCAGCAACCGUUCAAGAUGGAAUGUAUCGAGUUCAUAGGCUUGACUGGAGGUGAGCUGCUGCGCGAGGACCUCAUCAACCGGCGGGUCGAGUAUGUCUUCGGCUACCCCGGCGGCGCCGCCUUGCCUCUCUUCGAUGCGCUAUACAACAACCGCUCGUUUGAAUUCAUCCUCUCCCGCCAUGAGCAAGGCGCAGGUCAUAUGGCGGAAGGAUAUGCCCGAGUAUCCGGUAGGCCCGGCGUGGUCCUCGUCACCUCGGGCCCUGGGUCCUCUAACCUUGUCACACCGAUGCUGGACGCUUUGCUGGACGGUACUCCUCUGGUUAUCUUCUGCGGCCAGGUUUCCACAUCGGUGCAAGGGACCGGGGCGUUCCAAGAAAUCGAAAUCAUGUCGCUGGUGAAACCCUGUACGAAGUGGUGUGGCCUGGUCAAGGAUAUCAGCGAGCUACCCGCUUGCAUCGAGACGGCGUUUCACAUUGCGACCAGUGGACGGCCCGGUCCGACGCUGGUAGCUAUCCCCAAGGAUGUGGGUGCUGCAUUGUUCGAUAUUGUCGCGGUGAAGGAGGCGCGUCGGGCGAUCCCUGAUGCUGCAAAGUUGGCUCCAAGCCCAAUCCAGCCGGAUGAACUGGAGCAGACGAUCGAUCAGGUAUCCCAGCUGAUCAGCACGGCAAAGAAACCGGUAAUCAUGUGCGGCCAAGGGGUACCCAACACCGCCCGAGGCCCUGCAUUGCUCGACAUGCUGUCGGAAAGGGGCCAGAUCCCUGUCGCGACCACGCUGCUCGGCAUAGGAGCUUUCGAUGAACUCAAGCCCACAGCGCUCGGAAUGAUGGGGACAUACGGCACGGUUCCUGCCAAUCUGGCGGUCCAGGACGCGGAUCUGAUUCUCGUGCUGGGUGCCCGGCUCGACGAACGAGCGGUAGGCGACGCGGCCGGGUUUGCUCCUGCCGCCCGCGAUGCAGCCAAAGAGGGCCGGGGAGGCAUAGUCCACUUCGCCAUCAGUCCAGGCAGUGUCGGAAAAGUCAUCGAACCAACCAUCACCGUCCUGGGUGACCUGUCGCGCAGCAUUGUGAUGCUCCUGCAGCGGAUCGAGCUUUACCCCGACAGAACCAAGUGGCUUCAGCAUAUCCAGACCUUGAAAGGAAAGUACCCAUUCCAGUACGAACCCGAGAGCGAAAAGCCCACCGGCCUUCUACCCCAGGAAGUCAUCGAGGAAAUCAACACCCAGACCAGGGACACCAAAUACAAUACCAUCCUCGCCACAGGCGUCGGGCAGCACCAGAUGUGGACGGCCCGGUACUACCGCUGGCGCACGGCCCGCAGCAUGAUCACAUCGGGCAGCCUGGGGACGAUGGGCUUCGCGUUACCCGCCGCGAUAGGAGCCAAACUCGCUCGGCCGGAGUGCACCGUCAUCGACAUCGAUGGCGACGCCUCGCUGUGCAUGACGGUGCAGGAGAUAUUGACGGCAGUGCAGUUUAGCGUGGACAUGAAGAUCCUCGUCAUCAACAAUGAGGAGCAGGGGAUGAUCACGCAGUUGCAGCAUGCGUACUACGGAGGCCGGAUGGUCCAUGCUCAACAGAAGAAUCCGGAUUUCGUGCGGUUGGCAGAGAGUAUGGGCUGUCAGGGACGGUGUAUUUCGAGAUUUGAUCUGCAAAAUAAUGUUCGGUGGUUGCUGGAGGCCAAGGGGGUUGCGCUGUUGGAAGUGGUCACCGAGGGAAGUGUUCCCAUGGUGCCGAUUGUGGCGAAUGGGCAGCCGUUGGAGUCUAUCGUGGACAGUUUGAAGGCAAAGGCCGGACUUGAGGGUUGA